UAAUUUGCUUAUUUUUAGGUUACGGUAUUUUAACAAUCACAAAUAAAUAAAUAAUCAUCUGUGCCACCCGUGAUGGAAAUAAAAUGUCCACAGUGUAACAAUUUUCUCAUUUCCCCGUCGGUGAGACUAGUACAAGAUGCCUGCGGACACAAGAAAUGUCGAAUGUGUUUACUUCAAGAUGAAUUGCAAUGCAAAAUGUGUGCUAUCGAUACCAUCCCACUGAAAGAGGAGACUACCACUGAGUCCGUUAUAAAAUGUGAAAAUAAUCAUACCGGAGUGAUAACCUGCAAUAAGGUAAAUACAGCUAUUGUCGGCAAACGUGAGGAAGACUGUAAACCUAAUCCUGCCACGCAAAAAACCCCAUUGAAAAAAAGUGGUAAGUUACCAAGCCCAAAAAGAAGUUACAGAUCACUAGUUUUACCAAAUCAUGUGUCAGUGAUAUCGACGAGUCCAACUACUUAUAAGUGCAACAUUUGUAAUAAAUCGUUUAAAACGAAAUCGCACAUCAAUUAUCACAGUUAUUGUGACGGAGGACAAAGACCUCUACAAUGUAGCGAAUGUAACAAAGGCUUUGUUAGCAAAUACCAUCUGGAAAUUCAUCUACUUGUACAUUCCAAUAAGAAACCACAUACCUGCAUGAUGUGCGCUAAAAGUUUUACAUGUUUAAAUAAAUUAAACAGGCACAAAUUAGUGCAUUUGGAAACUAAACAGUAUGUUUGUCAGCAGUGUGGGAAAUUAUUUAAGAACAAAGAUUAUCUACAAAGGCAUUCCAUAAUUCAUACGUUGGACAAACCGUUUGGAUGUAAAAUUUGUAAAGCACACUUUAAUAAUCGAUCAAAUUUAAAUAAACACCAAUUAACGCAUUCAAAAGAAAAAAACCAUAUGUGUGACGAAUGUGGGAAAAGAUUUAAAUUCAAGAACGCAUUGACUGCACAUUAUCACAUUCAUACCAAACUUCGACCGUACACUUGCUUAAAAUGCCCCAAAACGUUUUUGAAUGCAAAAGACCUUCAUAGACAUCAGCUUGUGCACUCCGAUACAAAACUUUACUCCUGUAGUUUGUGUAAGGUUAGUUUUAUGAGAAAAGACAAUUUACAAAGGCACAUACGCAAUAGUCACCCUGGAAAAAAGGCGAGUCUUAUUAAAAAACCUACCAAGAAGUCGAUCCCUAAAGAAUUUGAACCAGAGGUUUUAGAAGAGAAUCCAAACGCAAUUAAAGUUAUUACUUCCCCGCCCACUUCGUCCCCCUCCAUUGAAAAGUUGGAACCUAACAAACAAAUUCCAGUAAUUAAUGCACCAGUAAAGCUUGCAUUUAAAACAAUGGCAUUUAAAAGUCAUUACAACAUUCCAAGUCGCGAGUAUCAGGUAGAACCCUCAAGAAUGCAUUCAAAAUUAUAUGACUAUGCAGAAUCCGUAAGCAUAUGUAAAAAAAUAUUAUCGCCCUUAAGUCCUCCAAAACCGAACGUUAAAACACUGGGCAACGUGAGUGCAAAAGAAUCGUCUGAAAUUUGCCAAAAAAUUUUAACUCCUAUGGGACCUCCUCUUACCAACGAUUCAUAUUUUGAAAAACCGCCCUCUAUCAUCAGAAAUAUCAAAUUCAAGUUACCGCCGAAAUAUUUAAAUCUAAGUAAGCCUAACGUAUUGGAUGAAGUACUUAAACCGAACAUGCAACCAAAAGAGACCUCUACUCCGGUGGAUAAUCAGACAUACACUGAUUUAAAACCUUUGCCAUUAUCAAGCGGUGCCACAAGCGUUAUUGUGAAUACUAACUCGAGUCACGCUAAUGAAAUGCAUUGGCGAAGGAGAACUCUACAAAAUUUAGAGUUGCAAUCGAGAAGUGUUAUUGAGUAGAACUCAUUAAAACGUUAACAAAUUGCGAUUGUGAUUUCGCUUUGUUAUAACUGGUUUGUAGCUAGUAUUCUCUAAGAAUUUUGCACUGAAUUGAAAUAAAUUUUUAAUAAUUC